AUCCCAUCGAUGUGAGCUUCCUUUAUUUCCUCGAAGUUGUUCGACGUGGUAGCUGCUGCCAUUCCCCUUGCUGGGGAAUUCUUGAAGAGAUUUUGCUUGUCUUUCCAUGCGGUUCUCUCUGUGGCUUCUUUGUUUCUUUUUGUGAUCAAGUUCCAGAUGGCUCAGCAGUGCCCUCAAAAUGAAUAUUUUGACAGAUUGCUGAAUGCUUGCAAACCGUGUCACCUUCGGUGUUCUAAUACCCCUCCUCUCAUAUGUCAGCGUUAUUGUAAUACAGUGAAAGGAACAAAUGCCAUUCUCUGGACCUGUUUGGGCCUGAGCUUGCUGCUGUCUUUGACAGUUUUCGUGCUGAUGAUCUUGCUAAGGAAGAUGAGCUCCGAACCAUCAAAGGACAAAUUUAAGAGCACAGGAUUGCCUCUCCAGAACAAGGCGAAUGCUGACCUGGAUGAUAGAAAAGCUAGCAGGACCGGUGAGGAAAUUCUUUCCAGAAGCCUGGAGUACACAGUAGAAGACUGUACCUGUGAGGACUGUGUCAAGAGCCAACCAAAGGUCGAUUCUGACCAUUUCUUUCCACUCCCAGCAAUGGAGGAAGGCGCAACCAUCCUUGUCACCACGAAAACGAACGACUACUGCAGGGGCCUGCUAGCUGCUGAGAGUCUCACAAGGAUGGAGAAAUCCAUUUCCACCAGAUAGUUAACCAUUUGGAGUGAUGCAGAGCUACUGUGAAAAUGUUGUCAGAGGAAAGGAUGGGGUAUCAGGUGUCUUUAGGGUGAUUGUUGUCAGUGGCCGAUAGAGCUUUCUGUCCCCUAAUUCUAGAAAAUCAUUAUGUUCGAUAUAUUUCUCUACCUUACUGUGGGGAGCUUAACUGUGGAAACUUCAUUGGUUUCAAUGAUUAAAUUCUUGACUCACUGAAAAAAAGGACUGCAAUGUGUAGAUCCCAUAGUGACGCCUUUCUGCGGCUGGCCCACUUCCCUCCUAUACAUGCACAUGUGCACUUCAGAACAAUUGAAUUUUUCUCUUUAUGGUUAAAGGCAAGCAAGAUUAUUUUGUGUACUUCUGUAGAUGGGAGAAGCCUAGAGUCAGUCGUGCUGAUUCAGUGUGCAAUGACCUUGUGAGUUUCCAGUCUACUGGAGGCCUCAGGCAUUAUUAUAAUCAUAUAAAUACGGAUCGAAUUACAAAUGGCGAUUAAAGUUUACCAGGUAUAAUUUUCAGACCCAAAUGCGGGUUAUAAUGAUCGCUAACACUUACAUCGUUACUAAUGUGCAGGGACUGUUCUAAGUGCUUUACCUGUACGAACUUAUGUAAUGCAUACAAUAAACUACAAGGUGGGUG